AUGGCUAAUCGGUUUCUCAGAAAUGGUGCACAGGAAGACGAUAACCAGAGUCAAGUCGGUUCCAAUAGAUCAACUCCAACUGGCAUUGUGACCCCACAUCCUGACCCAGCGGACAAACGUCAGCCGUCCAUAAUGCAUAAUUACUUCCAGGUUGGUGCCUCUUGCGGUGAUAAGCCCAAUCCUUCCAAACCAUCCUUCUCUCCCCCAGAGAGUCCUGCUUCCACGAACAACAUCCAGUCGAGUACGCAUGCCACGGGGACACGGGAGAACCCGAGCUCCAGUCGUUCUUCUUCUUCCGGGUCCUUUGUCAUGAUGAAGCGUUCGGAGACUUCGGGGCUUAAGGCGCCCGCUCAAGUAGGCGGAAAACUUGGAGCAAAGGAUACCAUGCCCGAGGCCUUGCUUCCCACGAACUUGCCCACUCCCCCAUAUUGCUCCGCUUCCUCCCUUUUGCAGAAAGAACCCGAUGAGGCAGACCUUUGUUCUUCUGGCCCGGAUAAGGGCAUGGGCUCUACCAUUUUUACUGCUUUGAAAAGCUAUCUCUCUUCGCCCGCACACCCUUGCUCUGAUUCUCAAGCACGACGUCAUACCUCCCUCCCAGUCUCCAGCAUCUCUGACGACCCUGUCCUUGCCUCUCACUUCUCCAAUCCCUCUCUCCCCCAUGCCUCAGAUGCGUUGUGUUCGUCGGAAGCUCCUCUCCUCGAGCACGAGAAGCCACAUGUCUCAAUGUCUUCUGAGAAUCUUGCCAAGCUAACUGGAAACGCGCCCGAUGGGUCGCGUCUAAAGAAUACUCCUCCCCUUACGCCACGAGCCAUGUCCAACGAAGGCCAGCAGACCGAAAAGAGCCCCCCAGUGUCGUCGUCCCCUCGCCCGUCUGAGCCGUCUGAGCCAUCACAGCCGCCGCAGACAGAUGAGACCCCGAAUCCUACCGACGAACUCUCUGGGAAGCUUAACGAGGCGUUUCCUUCCCAACCAGAUGCCGCUCAACAAUCCGGCGCGCCUACCGGUUCGAUCAAGGGUAAACUAUUUGUCAAGAUUUCCGAGGCCAGAGGGCUGCGACCAGGGUUCGAUCCGUAUGUGGUGUGCGUGUUCGAAUGGAACGAAUGUAUUUCCAAGAGUGCCCAGGAUGAGGAGGAGGCCUCUAUUGAACGGCAACAGAAGGAGCUGGAGAAGACUGCUCUCGAAACAGGUCGACCACCCAUGGCCAUUCCGAUGAAGAGUCGACAAAGCAGCAACAACAGUAGCCUAGAAGGCCAUGACCACAAGGGGAGAUCACCUGUAACUGAUCCCCACUGGAACCACGAAGCUGUCUUUGAUGUCCUCGGCGACCAAUCUCAGGUCGAUGUGUCGGUCUAUGACCGUAAUAACCAGGAAGCUUUCCUGGGUCAUGUACGACUAGGAAUCAAUCUGAAGGACGACAAUAGCCGACUGGAGGGAUGGUUUCCUUUGACAGCCCGUGGGGCAGGCGAUAGUCAGAUUUCCGGCGAAAUCUACUUGGAGAUGCGCUUUGAGCAAACAGACAAGAAGCAGGUUGGGCCGAAUGAUUUCCAGAUCCUCAAGCUCAUCGGAAAAGGAACCUUUGGACAGGUCUACCAGGUCAUGAAGAAGGAUACGGAACGCAUCUACGCCAUGAAGGUUCUGUCGAAGAAGGUGAUCAUUCAGAAGAAAGAGGUGGCACACACACUUGGAGAGCGCAAUAUUCUCGUCCGGACAGCCAUGGCAGCUUCUCCAUUUAUUGUUGGACUGAAAUUUUCCUUCCAGACGCCUACCGACCUCUACCUUGUUACUGACUACAUGUCUGGAGGAGAGUUGUUUUGGCAUCUUCAGAAAGAAGGGCGAUUUCAAGAGGCACGAGCGAAGUUUUAUAUCUCGGAGCUUAUCUUGGCCCUUCAGCAUCUCCACGAGCACGAUAUUGUUUACCGGGAUCUCAAGCCGGAGAACAUCCUGCUUGACGCCAACGGCCACAUUGCCUUGUGUGACUUUGGUCUCUCCAAGGCGAACCUUAACAAGAACGACACCACCAACACAUUCUGCGGAACAACCGAGUACCUGGCGCCAGAGGUGUUGUUGGAUGAGCAAGGAUAUACCAAGAUGGUCGAUUUCUGGUCUCUCGGUGUUCUAGUUUUCGAGAUGUGCUGCGGCUGGAGUCCCUUCUACGCGGAAGAUACACAGCAGAUGUACAAGAACAUUGCCUUUGGCAAGGUCCGAUUCCCGCGAGACGCCCUCAGUACAGAAGGAAGGAAUUUCGUCAAGGGCCUGCUCAACCGAAACCCCAAGCACCGACUGGGAGCCAAGGAGGAUGCUCUCGAGCUGAUGGCACAUCCUUUCUUCCACGAUGUUGACUGGAACGCGUUGUGUCGCAAGGAAGUCAUCCCUCCGUUCAAGCCGAAGCUCAAGUCUGACACGGACACAUCGAACUUCGACCCCGAGUUUACCAACGCACUUGACAACAACACUCGGUUGAAUGACCGAGCAGCCGCAUUAGCGAAUGGACUGAUGCCCGCAUCCACACCACUGUCCCCGGGUAUGCAGGCCAAUUUCAAGGGGUUCACAUUUGUCAACGAAAGUUCGAUGGAUCACCACUUUACGGAAGACCCCGACGAACACAUGGAAGAAGAUGACAACUAUGACGGCAGGUGGCAACGAUCCCACCGGUCCGGCAACUCAGUUGAUCACCAGAUGGGUGGUGUCCCCAAGACGGCUGAGGGCGAGGCUGGCAUCUUCAACGUUGACGAAAAUUUUGACAUGUGA